AUGCACACUGUUUGGAUCUGGGGAUGUACCUGCAGGGGCAUCUGCUUUCCCAAGACUGUCAAGGAAGGUGGGCUCUACCUGAAAUAUCUGGAUCUAGAUGAAUCUGGGCCCUUCCUGAGCUCUGUGUGGGUGUCCCCUGAGGAUGCUACUCAGCGGCCAGUGAAGCAGUCUCUCAGCAAGUCCCUGUGCCGAGAGUCCCACUGGAAAUGCCUGCUGCUGUCCCUCCUCAUGUACGGCUGCAUGGGAGCUAUGACCUGGUGCCACGUCACCAAGGUCACCCGGCUGACCUUUGACAGCGCUUACAAGGGCAAGUCCAUGAUGUACCAUGACAGCCCUUGUUCCAACGGCUACGUCUACAUCCCCUUGGCCUUCCUGGUGAUGCUCUACGUGGUGUACCUGGUGGAGUGCUGGCACUGCUACACCCGCAACGAGCUGCAGUACAAAGUGGACGUGGAGAGCGUGCACGAGCGCGUGCAGCGGAUGCAGCAGGCGACCCCCUGCAUCUGGUGGAAGGCCAUCAGCUACCACUACGUCCGCCGGACCCGGCAGGUUACCCGCUACCGCAACGGGGACGCCUACACCACCACCCAGGUGUAUCACGAGCGGGUCAACACCCACGUGGCAGAGGCUGAGUUUGAUUAUUCCAACUGUGGAGUUAAGGACAUCUCCAAGGACCUCAUUGACUUGGAAAGCUACCCAGCCACACGGCUCCGCUUCACCAAGUGUUUCAGCUUUGCCAACGUGGAGUCGGAGAACUCCUACCUGACGCAACGGGCCCGUUUCUUCACGGAGAACGAGGGCCUAGAUGACUACAUGGAGGCCAGGGAGGGGAUGCAUCUCAAAAAUGUGGACUUCAAGGAAUACAUGGUGGCCUUUUCCGACCCAGACAACUUGCCUUGGUACGUGUCCCACUAUGUCUUCUGGGUGGCGGCUCUGCUGACCCUAUCCUGGCCCCUGCGGGUGCUCAAUGAGUACCGCACCUCCUACGUCCAUUACCACGUGGAGAAACUCUUUGGGUUCGACUACGUGGCGGUGACGCCGGCCGAGGAGCGCUCCUUCUGCCGGAGGAUGCCCCGCGUCAACACAGUGGACAGCACAGAGCUGGAGUGGCACAUCCGAUCCAACCAGCAGCUGGUGCCCAGCUACUCGGAAGCGGUCCUGAUGGACUUGGUGGGGCUCUCCGGCUGCGGGAGCCUGAACGAGCAGAGCUGUCCCACCGAGCAGACCCGCCUCUCCAGCCAGGUGACUGUGGAGGAGGAAGACCCCCCUCCUUACCAGGACGCCCUCUACUUCCCCGUCCUCAUCGUGCAUCGCAAUGAAGGCUGCUCAAACCACGACCACCGUCACCUCCACCGCAACGGGUCCUGCGUGGAGACCUCACUGUGA